AUGAACUAUCAGGGUAGGGUGAUCUACCAUUGCAGCGACGGCGACGCGUCUAGGUCCGUCUGGGCCUAUUACGGUGCCACUUAUGACGGCGGAUGUACCAGAAACGGUAAAAAUCGUCGACCGUGCAGAUUUGGAAACGCAGAGAGUCCCGCAACCACCGUUGCCAGAAGGAACGAAAGAGAAAGGAAGAGAGUGAGAUUGGUGAAUUUGGGGUUCGCUGCUCUUAGACAGCACGUCCCGUACAGAACUCGUACCAAGAGAGCUAGUAAAGUAGAGACUCUUCGAUCUGCUAUUUUGUAUAUCAAACAACUGCAGCGUUUGUUGGCUGAACACGAUUUGUCUUGUAGAAAUUCGCAGCCACCGGCGGCGCCGCCCUCGUUUACUACCUUCUUAACACCCGGCCACUUUGAUCACCGGGAUGUCAAUCAGCAGAACGACUUAGCACAAAAUGGAUAUUAUUGUGCAAGAAAUCAGAUUAAUCAAUAA